GACUAGGAGAGACGAACUUAAAUGUAUCGGAAUCACAAUACCAUACAACUACAAGUUGUUUGAUAAAAUCAAUAAUCUCAUAGACCUCCUCUUUUUAGCUCCAAAAACUCUACGGUUCCUUUCCUUGCGCUCUCUUUUCCAUGUACUUAUUAAUCUAAGUGUUGUUCUCUCUACACCUCUACUUAUUUUCCAUUUCCCUUCCUCCUCCUCUUUGUCUCUGUAUCUCUCUCCAUCUCUUUCCCUCGGCACUUGUGAGUUUGACGCUCUCAAGCACCCUCGAACAUGAUUUAUGUACAUGCUGCACCGUCUGGCAUGAUUUCUAUAGGUGCUGCUCCCUCUAACAGGAUUGAUGUACGUGCUGCACCCUCCAACAUGAUUUCUGUACGUGCUGCACCCUCGAACAAGAUUCCUGUACGUGCUGCACCGUCUAACAAGAUUUAUGUACGUGCUGCACCUUCUAACAUGAUUUCUGUACGCGCUGCUCUGCUUCCGUCCUUUGUUUAUCGAUCGAAGCUCCCAGACAUUCCCAUCACCAACCAAAUCCCACUCCACACAUAUUGUUUCGAAAACAUCUCACAGUACCCCGAAAAACCUUGUCUGAUCACAGGCUCUAACGGAAGAAUCUACAGUUAUUACGAAACUCAUCUCAACUGCCAAAAAACUGCCGUUGGAUUGUCUAAACUGGGUAUAAGGAAAGGUGAUGUGAUCAUGCUUCUACUCCAAAACUGUCCCGAGUUCGUUUUCUCGUUUUUAGGGGCAUCGAUGCUUGGAGCGGUAUCAACCACUGCAAAUCCAUUUUACACACAAGCAGAGAUUUUCAAACAAAUCAAGGCUUCUAAAACAAAACUCAUAAUCACUCAGUCUCAAUACGUAAAGAAACUCCAAGCGGACGACUCAGGAGAAAAUGCUCCCAGAAUUGGAAAAGAUUUCAUUGUUGUUACAGUAGAUGAUCCACCAGAAAACUGCCUACGUUUUUCCACCCUUUUAGAUGCAGACGAGAAAGAAAUCCCAUCUGUUUCAAUUCAACCUGAAAACGCUGUUCUUCUUCCGUACUCAUCAGGAACAACUGGACCACCGAAGGGCACAAUCUUAACGCAUAAAAGUUUGACUUCAAGUAUUGCUCAACAAGUUGAUGGAGAGAACCCUAAUCUGUAUUUGAAAUCAAGUGACGUUGUAUUAUGUGCUCUUCCAUUGUUUCAUAUAUAUGCUAUACACAUUGUUUUGCUAUGUUCCCUUAGAGCUGGAGCAGGGGUGCUAUUGAUGCCAAAAUUUAAUAAUACUAUACUAAUGCAACUCAUCCAACGUUACCGAGUUUCGGUUGCCCCAGUUGUUCCACCAUUAGUCCGUGCCUUGGUCAAGAACCCAGAGGUCGGGAGCUUCGAUCUGAGUUCCAUUCGCGCAGUUUUAUCAGGGGCGGCACCGCUUGGGAAAGAAUUAGAAGAUGCUUUUAAGAGUAGAUUUCCUCAAGCAGUUGUUGGACAGGGUUAUGGAAUGACAGAGGCAGGGCCAGUUUUAGCAAUGUCACUCGCACUUGCAAAGCAAUCGUUCCCAUCAAAAUCUGGUUCUUGUGGAACCGUGGUAAGAAAUGCAGAGUUGAAAGUCAUCGAUAUCGACACUGGUUUAACUCUUGGACAUAAUCAAUCUGGUGAGAUUUGUAUUCGUGGACCUCAGAUUAUGAAAGGAUAUUUAAACGAUGUGGAUGCAACUGCGAGUACAAUCGACGUGGAGGGUUGGCUUCACACAGGAGACAUAGGUUUUGUCGAUGAGGACGAAGAAGUUUUCAUUAUAGACAGAAUUAAGGAAAUGAUCAAAUUCAGAGGAUUCCAGGUAGCACCGGCCGAGCUCGAGGCAGUACUCUCAAGUCACCCAUUGGUUGCUGACGCAGCUGUUGUUGCUCAAAAGGACGACAUAGAUGGAGAAAUUCCAGUGGCGUUUAUCGUUCAAUCAGAUGGUUUUGAGCUUACUGAAGCAGCUGUAAAAGAACAUGUUUCUAAACAAGUUGUAUUUUACAAGAGAUUGCAUAAAGUUUUUUUCAUCACCACUAUACCAAGAUCCCCUUCUGGCAAGAUCUUAAGAAAAGAUCUAAAAGCUAUACUUGAUUCUUCGUCGGACAUCAUCUUGAUUAACAAAAAGCAUGCAGUUGUUUGAUGGGCGUGGGUCAUGACUAUAACAAUUGGAUUGCAAAAUGUUUGAAAUAAUCAUGGUUGAUGUGUUUUAGUAUAACCUAAAGAGAAGCCUGAGCUUGACUUUCAUAUUUGAGAUCACUGGAUCGGCUCUCGAAUCUAGAGUUGAGAAAUCUCAUAAAAACUCUUCUUGUACAUCUAAAACAGACAGGAAAAGAUGUAUUUAUGAAUCGCAUUAAUAAAAAAAAAAUUAUUUUAUUU